CUGUAUCAGAUUCUUAAAUUGAAACAUCUCACUUUGAAAUUAUUUUUCUUUCAAUAGUGUUAAAGUGAGAAAAAAAAAUUUAAUGAUUUUAAACACAAUAAUAAAUUCGAACCCCUGUUUAUGAAGAUUUUCAAAGAAACACGAGAACCAGUGGAGGCUGGUAAACAUGAAGAAGUCGCGGAGGAUGAAACUGAUUCAAGAAAUCUUAGAUACCCAUUCCAGAUAUUCUUCAUUCUCAGUACUGAAGUUUGUGAACGAUUCUCUUACUAUGGGAUGAAUGCAAUCUUGACCUUUUAUCUGAUUUUUCUCUUUCAAAAAACCAUGUCAGAAAAGGAGGCAGAAGAUUUAUCCACUGUCAUCUUUCAUUUGUUCAAAUUCUUUUGUUACGCUACACCAGUUUUCGGAGCAGCCCUUGCAGAUUCUGUGUUUGGGAAGUUUCGAACUAUCUUCUAUCUAUCUAUCCUCUACGCUAUUGGUCAGAGCAUUCUAGCAUUUGGAGCUGUCAGUGAUAGCGAAUAUGGGAUUGAAGGCCUCCCUAACCUAGCUAUUUCUUCCAUUGGUAUAUUCCUGAUUGCUAUUGGUACUGGAGGAAUAAAACCAUGUGUUGUAGCACUUGGAGCUGAUCAGUUUAAGGUUCCAGAACAAAAGAAGCAGAUGGCAACAUACUUUGCAAUGUUUUAUGCUUCCAUUAACUUUGGUAGUUUAAUAUCAACCAUUGUAACACCAUACUUACGAAAAGUUCCAUGUUUGGGUGAAGAAUCUUGUUAUUCUCUAGCCUUUGGUGUCCCUGCAGGACUCAUGGCUGUAGCCCUAGUUAUAUUUGCCCUGGGAAAGCCUAUGUACACUGUGAACAUACCUAAGCGUAAUGUACUGGUGGAUUCAGUUAAGUGUAUCUGGUGCGCUAUUAAAAACCGUAGAUCUAAACUAAAGGACGGACAUUGGCUGGAUGUAGCAGCUCCAGAGUUCGGAGAUACCUUCGUUCAAGAUUUGAAGGCGGUUUUCCGUGUUAGCGCCAUUUUCCUGAUGUACCCUAUGUACUGGGCACUGUAUGAUCAGCAGGGGUCAAGAUGGACUAUACAGGCGAGCAAGAUGAAUGGAUAUACAUUUGGAUUCCAGAUUCUCCCAGAUCAGAUGCAGGUGGCUAAUCCGGUUCUUAUUCUUCUUCUCAUUCCAUUAUUUGACGUUGUUAUUUAUCCUCUACUAGGUAAAUGUAACUUGCUGAAGACCCCGCUCCAGAGGAUAGUGACUGGUUGCUUCUUGGUUGCCGUAGCCUUCAUUGUCUCCGGUAUACUGGAGCUACAGCUCAAAACAACAUUCCCUGAUAUACCAUCAGUAUCCCAGGGCAGAUUGACUAUCCAUAACGGUCUUAAUACUCCAAUUACUUGGAAGGGAGACAGCGCCAGUAAAUUUGGUCCUUCAUUGGAAAGUUCUGGAACAUUCUCAAAAAAUAUUGAUAUCGGCUCAUUUAACAUUGAGGGGGUAUACAAUGAUAAGGAUUUCAAGAAAUCGAUCACUUUGAUAUCACAACAGAAUCUGACAAUAAUAUUCCGUCCUGAUUUUGUUGAGAGUAACGACGUAUUUUACUCUUCUAAAUUUGGAGAUAUUAUUGAUAAAACAGACGAUGGAAUGCCAAGAGUUAGGUUUUAUGUUGAGACUAACUCAUCCUGUGGUGACGAGAGCACAGUCGUUAAUAUCUCCCAAGAUGAAAUCCAGAGUUCAAUCUCUGUAAACAAAACAAACCCAGACUCAUCCACCAUCACAUUGGAGAGUAUUGGAGAACAUACAAUAUCCCUCAGCUGCAAGGAGGCCGAGUAUUUUAAAGGCACUGCAACGUUUGAAAUUGGUGGUUCAUAUAUUGUAUUCGUGUACGAUGGUACAAUUCAUGUACACGCUCUCACUCAACCAAACACGAUUCAUAUAUUCUGGAUUCUACCCCAGUACAUUAUACUGACAGUUGGGGAGAUACUUUUCUCUAUUACAAGCUUAGAGUUUGCUUACUCACAGGCUCCUGUAAGCAUGAAAUCUAUUAUGCAGUCCCUGUUCUACCUGACUACAGCUGUAGGAAACCUGAUAACUCUUAUUGUUGUGGAGAUAGUUUCUGCUUUAGAACUUGAACAGUGGAUAGAGUUCUUCCUGUUCGCUGGUCUCCUUGUCCUGUUCACAUUCCUUCUUAUGCUGUUUACCAUAAAAUAUAAAUAUGUUUACUACACAGAAGGGAAGGAAAAGAAGCCAGAAGACGAAUGAACAGGACUAAAGGGAUUGUUCAGACAUUUGCAUGAAGAGACAGUUAACCAUAAUUACGUCGUCUUGUCGACUUUUUUGUAUUUUCAAAAAUAUCGUCCGCGUUUAUUUUUACAAUAUUGCAUAACGGGUAUAUUAAGAAAAUAUAAACUAUAAUAUUUUUCUUGCUUUAUAAAUACAUUUUUAUUGAUAAAUGGAAAGUACAUCUGUUCAAAUGUCUUAAAGAUUUCUAAAAUAUUUUAUCUAGAUAUUAUUUAUAAUCACAAAAAUUGUACCUUCGUUAUAACUUAUUGUUAAUAUAGCGGGGGUUCUAUGUAUUUUUUAUAACAUAAAAUAUUUUUAUAUUAAUUUAUAUUUUUCGAAAAUUUUCCUAUUUGACAUAAUGUGAUGGUUAACACUUUUUAAAAUUUCCCACCCAACAUGUUUCUUAUCUAAAAAUAUUUAUAUGCAGUGAAAAAAAAUGUCCUUAAUUUUUUGAUGUGAAGGUCCGCAACUUAAUUUGAUAAAUAUAAUCUACAUUUUUUACGAUAAUUUUUUAUUAAAUUUUGAAGAGCUUUUAUUCUAGUCAUAAUUUAUUUAGAAUAAUCAUGUUAGAGUUUAACUUUAUAGAUGUUUAAAUGUUAAAAGAUAUGAUCAAUAUCAUUAUUUGUUAAAUGUAUGGUGGCAUGAAAUAAAGUUUAUUGUACGCUUAAA